AUGGCGCAAAAGCAGAUAUGGUCCGGUAUUCCCCUGUUCCCUGUAUUGGUUAUGUUCUUCAUUUCUUGUCUAGCAAAAACUAAUCAAGCUCCAUUUGAUCUCCCAGAAGCGGAAACUAAAUCAGUUGCAGGCUAUAAUGUAGAAUAUGCGCGGGAUGCGAUCCUUAGUAAUCCACUAUUGGCGGAAGCCAAUGUCCUAGCCUAA